CCACGCACAAAAGAGUUAAAUUGGCUUCGUGGGCUUUUUGUAAAGCCUCUUGUUUGGAAAGAAUAACUUUUUCUUCUCCUACCAAUAGAAUUUGGGAGAAAGGAAUAUUUUCGUUAAUUAAAGAGGAAAUUAACCAACUUUGCCAACUACAAACUGAAAUAACUAGCUUAGAAAUAAAGUUAGAACAAGAGCAAGCACGAGAACAGGAAGAAUUAGUAGCCAAGAUUGAAAUUUCUUCGAAUCAAAAAAAAUUUCUUUAUCCUUUGCUUGCUGGUUUCUUUGAUGAGGGUGAUAUUUGGGUAAACACUAACCCCGACUUUGCCACUUUAAAUCCUAAACUCAAAAAGAUUUUACAUAAACUACAAGCCCAAGGCCACAAAAUUGUCUUCACGACCGGAAGAAAUUACUUGUCAGCCUUGCCUUUUUAUCACCAAGUGAAGUUGGAUACUUUUUUAGUUACUUACAAUGGGGCCUUUAUUAACAAUCCGACUGAAAACUGUCCCGAAAAGGAAAAAGUAGUAAUAGUUAAUCCUAUCGCUAAUCAAGUAGUAAAGGACAUUUUAAACGAACCAACAAUCAAGAGAAAUUGCCGUAAUAUUCUUAUUGACAAAGUUACUCGGGAGACACUUUGCACUAGUGAAGACAUUUAUUAUCAACAAGUUUUUUUUAAUGCUAAUCCUUAUACCCACGGAGAGAAUAUUUUACAAUUGUUAGGAGAAAAAGACGCUUUACAAUUAGUUAUCGAACUUCCUAAUGAGGAAAAAGAAUUAAAUGACAUUUUGAUGAUAUUGCGUAAUAAGUAUAGUGCAGCCGUGACUUUUUAUUUUGGUAAUAAACUAAAAGCUGCGAAAGAAGGAGAAAAAGUGUUAGUUCCUGACCCCGACCGAGUAGUAAUAAAAAUCCUUAUUGCUUUUGGUAAUGACAUUAAUGACAUUGAACUAAUGCACAUUGUUGGUCAUGGUGUAGCCGUAGCAGACAGCGUUCCGCACUUAAAAACUUAUGCUUACGGCAUAACUGAUUGCGGUCUUCUUAAUAGUGAUGCCGAAUCAUCAGGUAAUUUCCGAUUAUCAGGCAUAAUGAAAAAUCUUCCACAAGCGAGCAAGAACGCAAACAAAUUUGUUAUAAUUAUUAAUAAAAAGUUUUUUUCUCUCUUAACUUUUUUUACCAGCCAAUCAAGUUACGAGGGAAAGUAUACUGGUGACCAUAACCAAGUGGUAAUACCUGUUCCCAUCCCGAACACAGAAGUCAAGCACUUGCGUGACGAAAAUACUCAUCACGGGGAAGAUAGUUCAUUGCCAGUAUUACUUUUCCUAUUUUUUCAGUUAAAAAUUCAGAACUUAAGCAAAGAAAAAUAUUUAUACAUACCAAUUGACACUCUUUUUGGUGCCAUGCCAAAAAAAGUUGUUGGUUUCGACCAAAAAGCCGAAGCAGGAUUUCGCUAUGUUAUUGACCCUAAAACCGGUGAAUUAACCGAAAUGAAAGAUUUAGAAACUUUGGAGCAAAGAGAAAAAUCGAGAGGUGAUAGAGUUUUAGGAAUGGCGAAACUUUUUUAUGAGGCUGAAAAAAAUUUCAAUUAUGCUUAUGACUUAUUGGUCCAAAAGUUAAUUAAAGAUCAGUUUCCCGAGUAUGCUUGCUUACCAAUUCGCCAAGUAGAAAAAAACGGACAUGAUAACAGAACAUUCCGCUUGGGUGAUAAAAUGACUGUCAGGCUACCGAGUGGAAAAGGGUACGCUUCGCAAGUUGAAAAAGAAACACUUUGGUUGCCAAAAUUAAAACAGCAUCUUUCUUUGCCGAUCCCUACUCCAUUGCAAAAAGGCCAACCAACGGCAGAUUAUCCCUUUCCAUUUUUAAAGGAACUUCAAGCAAUUGAUGCUUCUAAUGGGCCUGUUGCGGGCAAUCAUAAUUUUUAUCGAGGCGGAGAUUU